AGCUAACUAAAACAGUUAAUGUAGAAUUUCUCAGCGAAACGUACCGGUUUUGUUUUCGACAACCUCGUCAUAAUUAACGACAGCUUAUUUACACUGAAAGCUCUUAGUAAAUAUUUUGCUUUAUACAUCAGUGUAUAACACAAAGUAAACAAAUAAUGCUGUUGGAUUUUUUUUUUAAUAAUUUAAAGUAGUUUUUAAAAUCUGUGAACAAUGUGGUUAUUAUGGAUAUUUUAUUUAAUUCAUCAAAGCGCUUCGCAACUUAUUGUUAUAGAAACGAGUGUAAUAUCUUAUCAAAUUGGAGGCAUAUUUGAAAAACAUGCUUUAACCCAACGCUUAGCUUUCAAUGAAAGUAUGCGGCACAAUCACCUACGGGCAUCAGAUUCCUCGUCCGACGAUCCAGACAAAAAAAUCAACGAUUGGCGUCUUGAACCUGUAAUACUUCGUCCAAAGAGAUCUGAUAGUUAUUCCGUGUGGAGAAACCUUUGUUCAAACAAAAUGAUGCAGCCCAUUGCUAUAUUUGGUCCGCAAACACCAAUAUUUGAUGGAGCUAUUCGGGAUCAAUGCGCCAAAGCUAAUAUCCCCCAUCUUCAAGCGACAUGGCAACCCAUGGAUCCAUAUUUAGAAGAAGAAAUUGAAAACACCGAUGAUGAAGAUGACGAUGAUGUCGAGGAAGAAUCUUCUGACGAGAGUCCCGUUUAUAAAAACAUUACUAUUAACUUCUACCCAACUGCGGAAGAUAUAUCGUACGCUUAUGCAGCGUUACUGAAAUAUUACAGAUGGGAAAACUUCGCUGUACUGUAUGAAGAUGAUUUUGGCUUAUUGAGAAUACAAAAAAUUCUAGCUGAAUACACAGACCAAACCCCUGUUACUGUGCGUAGGCUGGAUCCUAAUAUCGACAAUUUUAAGAUAUUCAAAGAAUUGAAACGCUACAAAGAAUUUCGCAUCAUAUUAGACUGUCAUAUUGACCGCGUUUUGAAAUAUUUAAAUGAAGCCCAAGGAGUUAACAUGGUCAACCAUUACCAGCACUACAUAUUGACUACAAUGGACGCUGGAAUGAUUGCAAAAGAUCUAACACCAUUUCACUCAAACAUUACGUGGCUUAGUAUCACAGACUUUGAUAAAUUAGAAGACGCACAACACUUCUUAGCAACACGGGUUGGGAGGUGGACAACUGAUAAGGUCCAACUUGACUCGCCGCCUGUCACCAAUUUGGAGAUCGAAGCUCUCGUUAUGAACGAUAUAGCGAAUCAUGUCCUCAAGGCAUUGCAAAAAGUAGGCGAAGUGGAAGAUAUUACAAAACCAGAUGAAGAUUUGUGUAAAAAAGACGCCGACCCUUGGCCGUUCGGGGCAUUACUCCAAGCUGAAAUAUUAAAGAAUCCCAGUGUUGGAGUAACAGGGAAUAUUCAGUUUGAUAAAUACGGGCGCAGAUAUAAUUACACCUUGUACGUAAACGAGAUUCAUGUAUCGACGAGACAAACAAUUGGCACCUGGAAUUCAACAGAUAAAGCAACUAUAAUAGAAAAUAGACCAAGCACUGAAAUUAAAAGCGCACAACAAACCAGUAAACAUUUUAUCAUUAUAUCACGUAAAGCAAAACCAUACUUUUCUGACAAAAUCAAAUGCCCAGAGGAUAAUAAAACGUGCGUUGAAGAAGAUGCUGACGAGAAUUACGAAGGAUUUUCUGUAGAUCUAGUUAAACAUAUCUUUGAUAUAUUGAGGAAGCAUAAAUUUAAUUACACGUAUUCAUUUUUACACGAACAAGAUAAAGAUUAUGGAAAAUACGACCCAGAGAAGAAGAAAUGGAACGGUUUGAUAGGUGACUUACUGGACAAGAAAGCAGACUUAGCUGUUUGUGACUUAACAAUUACGGAAGAGAGAAAGAAAGUCGUUGAUUUUUCGGUACCAUUUAUGACAUUGGGUAUAAGUAUUUUGUACACAAAGGAGAGAAAAGUUCCCCCGGGCUGGUUCUCAUUUCUUAAUCCAUAUACUUUCGACGUGUGGAUGUACAUAGCAACAGCGUAUUGCGUUGUUUCUAUUGUCCUAUUCGUUUGUUCAAGGAUAUCACCUGCUGAUUGGGAAAACCCGCAACCAUGUGACAAAGAUCCUGAAGAGCUGGAAAAUAUAUGGAAUUUUAAGAACUGUACUUGGUUGACAAUGGGUUCUAUAAUGACGCAAGGAUGUGACAUUUUACCUAAAGCUAUUGGUUCUCGAUGGGUGUGUGCCAUGUGGUGGUUUUUCGCAGUAAUCAUUUGCCAGACAUACAUUGCCCAGCUCUCUGCUUCAAUGACAUCAGCCCUAGAGUAUGAACCAAUAGACAGUGUGGAAGAUCUGGCGAAACAAACUAAAGUGCUGUACGGAGCGAUUCACGGAGGAUCUACUCUGGACUUUUUCAAAAGCUCCAAAUAUAAAGCUUAUCGGCGAUUAUAUGAUAACAUGAUGGCUAAUCCCGUUGUUUUGGUAAAGAGUAACGAUGAAGGCGAAAAACGAGUACUCAAUGGAAAAAGCAAAUACGCCUUAUUCAUGGAGUCUAGUACAAUUGAAUACAAGUUAAAAAGAAACUGUGAACUUAAGAAAGUUGGUGGUGAAUUAGAUUCUAAAGAUUACGGGAUCGCUAUGCCGGCGAAUUCACCAUUCCGAACUCAUAUAAAUCAAGCAAUACUAGAACUGAAGGAACAUACAACGCUUGAUCAAAUUAAAAGUAAAUGGUGGGAUGAAAAAUAUGGAGCCCAAGAGUGUGAAGGUACUACAGAUGAAAGCGAUGUCGAAGGAGACCUUGAGAUGGAAAAUUUGAUAGGCGCUUUCAUAAUUCUUGUGAUAGGUUUGGUAUUAAGUCUAGUUAUAACUGCUGCAGAGUUCAUGAAUGAAGUGCGCAAUAUUGUCGUCCGAGAGCAGGUGUCGCACAAAGAAGUUUUUAUAAAAGAAUUGAAAGCGUCCUUAAACUUUUUCCAACUCCAAAAGCCAGUCCUUCGCAACCCGAGUCGAGCGCCAUCUAUUGCUUCCACAGAUAGCACAGAAAAGCAUAACUUGAAAAGAGCGGCAAAUAUUGAAAACUUUAUUGAGUUUGAAAAAGAAGUCAUGUAAGGCCUAUAUUCUUUUGCUCACCCUAUCCAGUCCAUUACCUUCUUUUUCCCGUGAUCAAUCCUUUCCUUAUCCCUUACACCUUAGAUAAAAUUUUUAUCAUUAUUUCAAUAAACAUAAUGUAAUCUGAAGUAAAGAUUGAUUAUUUCCAUAAUCUGUUUAAAUACAUGUGACGUAAUUUGAAAGAUAAU